UUUUCAUCAGUAAGUUCUGAGAGUCCGUGGGCGAAGGAAGUGGGCACAGAUGGCGCGACAAAGUAUCGCUCGAGUAUCCGUCAACAGUUAUCGAAGACUAUUCGAACGGAUCGAUGAUUGAAAUCGCGUGGAAAUCGAAGAGAUCGAUGCGUGGUAACGUCGACCGCUCCGAGAACACCAAGAUCAUCGAUUCUUUGCGGAAACACUGUGAACCAUCGAUCGAGUGCCUGCAACGAUCUACCUUGCACACGGAAGAAGAAGAGAAAAGAACACAGGCUGGCCGCCUGGUAAAGCCAGACCAGUCUGCCUCUAUAUUUGAGGAAGAGAAGGUGUGCCUGCUGGUUCGCGGAUUCUGUGUCUUUGAAGAAAACCAUCGGUUGGAGCGACCGGACCGGAGACACGACGACCAAGAGGAAUAGUGGGAUCUAUCCUUCGAUCGGUUCGACUGGCCAAUAGAUUCGGCGCCAGAGAAAAUGAUUCUGUCCAACCUGACCAGUAUACUUACACACCUGUUGCACUUUGUUCUUCGUCCUUUUCUGCUCCUCAUUCAUAUGAAGAGACCACCGAGUAUACCGCCGAUCAAGGAUCCUCUCCUGAAAGUUAACGCGAGCACAUUAGCCAGGAAGAUCAGGCAUGGAGAACUUUCUAGCCGGACUGUAGUGGAAGCAUAUAUCGAGCGUAUUAAAGAGGUGAAUCCUUUCCUAAAUGCAGUAGUAGAGGAACGAUUCGAUGCGGCUGUAAACGAUGCGAAAAUUUACGACGCGAAACUGAAGACAGGGAAAGUUACCGCCGCUACGCUGGAAAGGGAGAAACCGCUGUACGGAGUACCAGUUACCAUCAAGGAAACCUGUUCCCUUGCAGGAAUGAGCUACACGGGAGGCAGUUUGUCCAGGAAAGGAAUAAAAGCUUCGGAGGAUGGGUCGGCGGUAGAAAUGCUGAAGAACGCGGGAGCCAUACCUCUGUGCGUUACAAACACCUCCGAGUUCUGCACAGGAAUUCAUACCACGAAUUACCUUCAUGGCGCGACAAGGAAUCCAUACGAUACGAGAAAAUCGCCGGGAGGAUCAUCGGGCGGUGAGGGAGCUUUGCUUGGCGCAGGAGCAUCCGUACUUGGGAUUGGUUCGGACGUACUGGGCUCCAUAAGAAUCCCGGGUCUCUUCAAUGGUAUUUUCGGCCAUAAACCUACUCCAGGUAUUAUUUCUAGUCAGGGACACCUACCGAAUUUCGGAGGUUGCACAAUCGAAAGCAUGUUGGUGUACGGUCCAAUGGCGAGGUACGCGGAAGAUCUUCGCUUGGCUAUGAAGGUAUUGGCCUCGAAAUGCGAUACGUCGUUAUUACGCUUGGACGCCCCGGUGGACGUGAAAACUCUCAGAGUGUUUUAUUUGGAUAAUUUCGACAGUUUUUGCGGGAUAAGAUCGACCACGUCGGACAUAAGGGAAUCGAUCGAGCAAGCAACGCGAUACCUCGCGGGGAACGGUGCGAGUGUCCAAGAAAUGUCGCAGGAAUGGGUAAGCAGUAUAUUCAUGUUCCUGAUGACUUGUUUCGGCGAGGUGCAAUUACCCGAAUUACUUUUGGACCCUAAAUACUCCCAGAGAAAUAAGACGCCGUUACUCGAAGUCGUAAAAGCUUUGUUCGGUUUGUCGGAUUACACGUUGACGCUCGCAUACGUCCAACUAAUGAGGAAGGCACGAGGAUUUAUUCCACAGUCCAAGGAAAAAUACUAUCAAGAGCUUCGGGAGGAUAUCCGUCACAGAGUAAACAAACUGCUCGGCAAUGACGGAGUAUUCAUAUGCCCCGCGUUUUCCCAACCGACGGACUUGCCAGAAUUAAUUUUUCUUCAAACCGAUUCCGUCGUUUAUAGUGCAUUCAGUAAUAUGAUGCACUUACCGUCGACGUACGUGCCAAUGGGACUGAAUAACGACGGACUGCCGAUUGGAUUUCAGGUGAUGGCCGGGUCUCAUCAGGACCGCCUUUGUUUAGCAGUUGCUAGAGAAUUAGAAACAGUCUUCGGUGGCUGGGUACCUCCUCCGAACUGAAUUUCUAUUUCGUCGACAUUGAUUUCUUUUUUUGUUUGUUUUUUUUAUCUCGAACAAACAGAAUACUCGUAUUUCAUUGUUGCUGAUCACUGUGAUUUUUUUCAAUUAAGUACUAUUUCUUUGAUAUAAGGAUGGCUUAGCUGCAGGAGACUGUUAAAAAAGUGUUAUUUUUAUUGGAAAACAGGUGGAGUGAAUGUUAUUUAUUUAUAAUCACUUAACUGAUACACACCUUUAUUCAUCGCGGCUUCCUUUAUAACCGCACUGGCGUACCUACAAUUCGCAUUGAAUGUGCAAUAACAUAACUUAUGAAUAGUAAAAUUAUCUUUACUAAAUAAACCAAAAAUAGUAUUUUCAACGAAGCUUUAUAUUAAUCAAAGGAACAACCUUCACGC